AUGAAACCGCCAGUGUUUAAAGGCGGAAUUGAACCGAUGAAAGCUGAGGCAUGGGUAUUGGGAAUAGAAAAGUUGUCCGAAGUUUUCCCUUGUACUGAAAUCCAAAAGGUGCAGCUUGCUGCUUUUACUCUUGAAGAUGAGGCGCGAAGGUGGUGGAUGCUCACAAGAACAAUGUAUCAAGGGCUGACAUGGGACAGAUUUUUAGAGCUAUUUUAUGAUAAAUAUUUUUCCCAGAGUAUGCGGGACAAGAAGGUGACCGAAUUCGAAACAUUAAGACAAGGAAAUAAAACUGUUGCUGAAUAUGAAGCUCAAUUCGCAGAACUAGCCCGGUUUGCACCUCACAUGGUAGAUACAGAAUACAAGAAGGUGCGAAAAUUUGAGGGAGGAUUGCGGAGUACUAUUCUGGACCAAGUUAAUGUGUUGAAGUUACCUACCUAUGUUGAUGUGUUAGAAAGGGCUGUUAUAGUAGAAGGGAAUAUUGCUGCUCAGACUCGAAUUUUUGGAUGGAAAGGAAAAAGGCAGAACAACCAAGGGUUCAAGGGGUCAACUACUCCACCAAAUAAGAAGCAAAAUUUAGGGACCUCCAACACUACUACUUCUCCUCAAAAUUCAGCUCCUGUGUGUCCAGAAUGUGGAUGGAGGCAUCGAGGGAUUUGUCACCGAUUGUCUGGGGCAUGUUUUCGAUGUGGCAAAACGGGGCAUUUAAUAAAGGACUGUCCGCAAAAGAAUCAACAAACUGGUAAUAAGGUCGCCACAAGCUCAGCAGGGUCUACACCGGUUCCUAAUACCAAGUCAGCUGCUAAACCUGCUAACAAUAAGGAUACUACGAGGCAAGGUAGGGUAUUUGCGUUGGUUCCGGGAGAUGUACAAAAUGCAACAACAGUGGUGUCAGGUACAUUUAUGGUUCAUGGUCAUUCUGCUCGCGUCUUAUUUGAUUCUGGCUCUACCUGUUCCUUUGUGUCAAAAUUAUUUGCGAAAAACUUAGGUAAACCUGAAGAAGAAUUGACUUAUGUGUUGUGUGUGUCUUCACCUAUGGGAAAUUCUAUGAUCUGUACUUCUGUCUAUUCUGCUUGUGAACUCCUCAUUGGAGGUAUCCAUGUAUAUGCUAAUUUAUUACCACUUGAUAUGACUUCUUUUGAUAUUAUUCUGGGAAUGGAUUGGCUGGGUGAAUAUAGUGCCACUAUCGACUGUCUGACAAAGCAAAUCAAAUUCCACCCUCCAGGACAAUCAGAAUCUACUUUUCAGGGGCAAGGAGUGACUUCUCCACUGUAUGUGAUUUCUGCGGCUAGGGCUUGUAAAUUAAUUCAGAAAGGGUGUCAAGGGUACUUAUGUAGUGUUUUGGAAGGGCCAACAAUGAAUGAGAAUAUUGGUGCGAUUCCAGUUGUCUGCGAAUUUCCGGAUGUCUUUCCGGAAGAAUUGCCAGGAGAAUUAGUGGACCGUGAAAUCGAAUUCACGAUUGAAGUGCUACCGAGAGUCCAACCCAUCUCUAAAACCCCGUAUCGAAUGGCGCCAGCUGAAAUGAGAGAAUUGAAGAUUCAAUUGCAAGAUUUAUUGGAUAAAGGGUUUAUCCGCCCGAGUGUUUCUCCGUGGGGUGCACCAGUCCUGUUUGUGAAGAAGAAAGAUGGAACACUCCGAUUAUCAGCAUUUAUGGAUCUGAUGAACCGUGUCUUCAAAUCUUAUCUGGAUGAGUUUGUAGUGGUCUUUAUUGACGGCAUCCUUAUUUACUCAAAGAAUGUAGAGGUCCAUGAAAAUCAUCUUCGCUUAAUCCUUCAAACCCUCCGUGAAAAGAAGUUGUACGCGAAGCUAAAAAAGUGUGAAUUUUGGCUACAUGAAGUGACAUUUCUGGGGCAUGUUAUAACUAAGGAAGGAGUCUCUAUUGAUCCAAACAAGAUUGAGGCGAUUGUAAACUGGCUGACCCCGACUAAUGUGACUGAAGUGCGUAGUUUCAUGGGGUUAGCCGGCUAUUAUUGGAGAUUUGUUCAGGAUUUUUCUAAGAUUGCUGUACCACUCACACAGUUGACUAAAAAAGGAGUUGCAUUUGAAUGGACGGAACCGCGGAAAUCUGCCUUCCAAGAAUUAAAAAUGAAGUUGACUACAGCCCCGGCCCUUGCCCUACCAUCUGGUACUGAGGGAUUUGUGAUUUACAGCGAUGCAUCACAUAAAGGACUUGGUUGUGUGCUUAUGCAAAGUGGAAGAGUUAUUGCUUAUGCUUCUCGCCAGCUUAAAUCCCAUGAUAAGGGCUACCCCACGCAUGAUCUUGAGCUAGCUGCAGUCGUUUUUGCUUUAAAAAUUUGGCGGCAUUAUCUAUAUGGAACUACUUGUGACAUUUAUACCGACCAUAAAAGUCUCAAAUACAUUUUUACCCAAAAGGAGUUGAAUAUGCAUCAGCGGCGAUGGUUGGAGCUUAUUAAAGAUUAUGAUUUACAGAUCCACUAUCAUCCCGGUAAAGCCAACACGGUGGCAGACGCACUUAGCCGGAGAAAUAUGGGGGAUUUGGCAAGUUUAUUGACAGGGAAAAAGGAGUUCAUGAAUGAACUGAAUAAGAUGGGGGUCAACUUGGCAGUGCAUGAUCAAGGGGCAACAAUGGCAACAAUCAUGGCUCAACCGACAUUACUUGAGGAGAUUAAAAUACGCCAAAUGGAGGAUGGAGCUUUAAAGAAGAUACGUGAUGAAAUGAAGACAAAACCGAAACUAGGAUUCGCUUUGACAGAUUCUGUGCUUAAAUUUCAAAACCGAAUAUGUGUUCCUAAUGUGUUAAAACUUAAACGGAAAUUGAUGGAAGAAGCACAUGCCUCAAAAGUUUCAAUGCAUCCAGGAAGUAAAAGCAGAGCAUCAGAGACCCGCAGGAUUAUUACAACCCCUUCCAAUUCCAGAGUGGAAAUGGGAACAUCUGACUAUGGAUUUUGUUGCAGGCUUACCACGAACACCCCGAGGGAUGAAUUCUAUAUGGGUCAUUGUCGACCGAUUAACAAAGUCCGCCCACUUCCUGCCUGUGAAGACCAGUAUAAUGCCGAUAAACUUGCUGUGAUCUAUGUGAAUGAAAUUGUAAGGCUUCACGGUGUUCCGGUUUCAAUUGUGUCAGAUAGAGAUCCCAAAUUUGUUUCAAG